AUGGCGCAGGAGACUCUACAGAUUCCUCUCCCAAUGCAACCGUCCCUUGAUGUUCUAUUUUGGCCGUAUACUGGUGAUGGUGGAUACACUACGAAGUCAGCCUAUGGUUUCAUUCGUCAACGAAGGAUCAGUGCGGAGCCAUCCUCUUCCACGAGCGAGCAAUCGUCUGCAAAUUUCUGGAAGGCUUUGUGGUCGGUUGAAGCUCUUCCUCGUUGCAAGGAGGUGGCUUGGAGGGUGGCCAAGAAGAUCAUUCCAGUGAGGUGGUGGUUUGCUUCCCCGAUGUGUGAGCGGUUCCGUCCUGGAGAGGAACCCAUGGAUUUUCUGCAGCAAAUAUUUGAGUAUCAGGAUGAUGAUUUGGGGGGAAAAUGCCUCACAUUUUUAUAUGCUCUUUGGGAGCUUCGGAAUGCAGUCAUUUACCAGCAGAAGCAACCGGAGUUUCACGUCAUCAUGGCUCGAUUCACCAGCCUUAUGUCGCCAGGGGAACGGGUGGCUUUUGAGCGUUCGCCGGAGGACCAGAGGAACAUUACGCGAGCUUCUUGGUGUAGGUCGCAAGCUGAGGUUAUGGCAGCGGCGGCGGUGUUUCCGUUGGAGGCUAUGUCCCCUGUUAUUGCCGAAGCGUUAGCUUUCCGGUGGUCGCUCUCUUUGGCCAAAGAUUUGGGUUUCAGAAGGGUGUGUCUUGAAACGGAUUUCUUACAUCUCAUUGAGACUUGGCAGAAGGCAAAGCGUGGAGAUUCUUACUUGUUUUCUAUUCUUAGUGACUGUAGAGAUCUUGUUUUAUCGUUUACGUACUUUUGUUUAUCUUUUGUCCGUCGUACCGGAAAUUCUGUAGCUGAUCACUUAGCUAAGAACUCCUCAAAAUUUCAUAACUCUGUUUGGAUUGAGGAGGUGCCGCCGGAGUUAGAGUCUUUGAUUCAAGCAGAUGUACUAGCCUCUAUGGCUUUUUGA